AUGGCGCACCCGUCCUUGUUCCCGCUCAGCACGAGCGGGUACCUCAACCUCGACGACCGCCCCUCGAGCCCCUCGUUCCCGCCCGGCUCGUUCUUCGCGUCCGACCCGCUCCGACUGUCGUCGACGCCGACCCGCACGCCGCGAGAGUACGCCGAGGGCGUCGCGCGAGGCGAGAUCGGCAACGACUUUGGGCCUUACUCACCGAGGUCGUCGCCGCGAGGGAGCCCCGACCUGCGCGGUCGGCAGAGCAGCCCGUUCUACGACGACGGCACGUCGUCGCGGUCGUCGUCGCCCGGUCGCGUCACGGCGUUCGCGGCCCACCACGAGGUGCCGCGGUCGCCGACGCUCGGCGCGAGCGAGGUCAAGGCGUCGUCGGGCCCGCGCAAGUACGCGCCCGUGCUCGGCUCGGGCGCAGCCUACUCGGCCAAGGACCAGGCGUUCGACGACCUGCUGCACACGUACUCGCCCGCCGACCGCCUCGCCGGCGGCGGCCCGUUCCGCGCGUUCUCGCUGCGCGGCUGGCUCAACCUCGUCGCCGUCGUCGCCAUCGCCGGCGGGCUCAUCGGCGUCUUUGCCGGGUACCCGAUCGCCGACUGGGCCAUGAAGCACUCGGCGCACGGCUACAACGCGUUCUCGCUCGGCGGUGCUGUCAGCAACGGCACGGGCCAGGUCCCCGUCAUCCCCAACCUCCCGGGCCUCAUCGACGCCGACACGCCCGACGAGGUCAUGACGAGGGUCGGCAACGACGGCCACACGUACCAGCUCGUGUUCAGCGACGAGUUCAACGUCGACGGGCGCACUUUCUGGCCGGGCGACGACCCGUACUGGGAGGCUGUCGACCUGCACUACUGGCCGACCGGCGACCUCGAGUGGUACGACCCCGACGCGGCGACGACCAAGAACGGGAGCCUCGUGUUCACGAUGACCAAGGAGAAGAUCAACAACCUCAACUACCGCUCGGGCAUGCUCCAAUCGUGGAACAAGUUCUGCUUCACGGGCGGCUACAUCGAGGUCAGCAUCUCGCUCCCAGGCGUCGGCGACAUCAGCGGCUUCUGGCCUGGCGCCUGGACUAUCGGCAACCUCGCUCGAGCUGGCUACGGCGCGACGACCGACGGUACCUGGCCCUACGCGUACAACUCGUGCGAUAUCGGCACGCUCCCGAACCAGACGUACGUGGACGGCUCGGGGCCUCCAGCAGCGCUCAACACGUCGGUCACCAAUAUGGCCCUGUCGUACCAGCCCGGGCAGCGUCUUUCCGCGUGCACGUGCCCUGCCGACAAGGCCGAGCAUCCAGGGCCCUCGGUCAAGACGGGUCGUGGCGCACCCGAGAUCGACAUCAUCGAGGCGCAGACUUUCUGGACGGGGAAAAAGCUGAUCGGCGCCGUUUCUCAGUCGGCGCAGUUCGCGCCUUACGACGCCGACUACGUGAUCCGUAAUUCGACGCCCUACGUGACCGUGUACGACAGCGACAAGACGCUCCUAAACGACUACACCGGCGCCGUCUACCAGCAGGCUGCGUCCGCCAUCACGGCGACCAACGUCGACGCCUACCAAAACGCCGAGGACACCUUUUCGGCGUACGGCUUCGAGUACUGGCCCUCGACCGGCUCGGACGGCUUCAUCACGUGGUACUCGGACGGCGAGCCGUCGUGGACGCUCACGUCGGACGCUGUCGGGCCCAACGCGGCGAGCGGCGUCGGCCAGCGCACCAUCUCGCCCGAGCCCCUCUCGAUCGUCCUCAACCUCGGCAUCUCGGACGGCUUCCAGACGAUCAACUUCGACGAGCUCGAGUUCCCGGGCGUCAUGAAGAUCGACUACGUGCGCGUGUACCAGAGGGAAGGUGCCGAGAACAUCGGGUGCGACCCGAAGGCGUACCCGACCGCCGACUAUAUCGCCAACCACCUCAACGCCUACUCGAACCCGAACCUGACCACCUGGGCCGAGGCCGGCUACGAGUACCCGCGCAACUCGCUCAAGGACACGUGCUGAGGGUCACGUCGAGCUCGCCAGUCGACCGUCGAGGCUCGCCUCUCCCUCGUCUCGUCGCCCUCGUCCUGUCGUCUCGUCGACGCACGCUCUCUCGCACGCCACAGACCCUCUCAUAUCUUUUGUGCCCGUCACCCUUAUGUACCCACUCGUAUCCCCGACGUCGCCGCCGUGGUCGUCGUCGUCAUCCUCGCAGAGCGUGGGCACGACCCUUGUAAUUCUCGCAUCGCAAGCUGUCGUCUUC